AUGGAACGAAUGAAGGCACGGCAGAUCCCAAUGAGUGAGGUGACGUAUGGAGCUGCGAUCAAAUCUUGUAGUCGCGCACAUGAGUGGAAGGCGGCUUUGAGUGUGUUGUCGUCCAUGGAGCUUGCUGACGGUGUGGCGUCAAAUGAGAUUGCGUACAGUGCUGCCAUCAAGUCGUUUGAAGGAGAUGGUCUCUGGGAAGAAGCGCUGGCUUUGCUCUUUCAGAUGGGAGACGUCUCACUUCAGGCAGACAUUGUGUGCAUCAGUGCUGCUAUAGCAGCGAGCGCAACGGCUGGACAGUGGCAAGUAGCACUGCAACUCUUUCAACUUUUGGAGAAGCCUGAGAAUUCUGCAACUUCCACACGGAAACUUUUGCCUGAUGUUGUAAGCUUGAAUACCCUUAUUAGUGCAAUGGAUUCGCGGUGGCAGUUGGGUAUUCAUAUCCUACAGGAUGCAAGGAGGUGGCUAGUCACACCCAACCUGAUCACUUUCAAUAGCGCAAUUAAAGUGUGCGAAAAAGCCAGUGAAUGGCAAUGUGCCAUCUCCAUCAUGGAACAAGCAUCUCAGGCGUCGCUUGUCCCAGGCAUUGUCACAUUCAACUCCUGCAUUAGCGCAUGUCAACAGAGUAGCUCCUGGACAAUCUCCCUGAAACUCUUGAACGGGAUUGCAACUAGCAGACUGAGCCCUGACGUUAUUUCGUUUACUUCAGCUAUCAGCGUCAUUUCCCAAGCUGGUUUAUGGGAACUGUCAUUCAGCUUGAUUGAGGACAUGCUGGCACGAAGAGUUGACCCAAACGAAGUAACAUACGGUGCCCUCAUGGUGGCCACAGUCAAGUCAGGUGAGUGGCCCUUGUCUUUGAAAAUUCUGGAUGAGUGUCAGAAGCAAUUAGCUCCAAACUGUGUGAUUUACAACGCUGCAAUCAGUGCGCUGGAAAAGGGGUACCAAUGGACACUUGCUGUCCAACUCUUGCAGAACAUGAAAUAUCUGGACUUGGCUGAUGAAAUCAGCUGGAACACCGCCAUCAGUGCUUGUGAGACAUGCGGUCAGUGGGAAAUGGCCAUUCAGCUGCUCUUUACAUUUUUGAAGGAACGAAAGGAACGAAAACGCCGGAGAGGCCGGGACGGGGACGACGGCACUGGCCUCACUGGCCUCAUCGCCUUCAAUGCUGCCAUCAGUGCCUGUGAAAAAGGCGACGAAUGGCAAAUGGCGCUUGUUUUGCUGAACUCCAUGACAGAGAACCAGAUCACGCCUGAUAGCAUCAGUCUGAAUGCUGUCAUGAGUUCUUGUGGCUCACGGUGGCAGAUGGUGCUCUCUCUGCUGAACAACAUGCACUUGUGGAAGGUGGAACGGAAUGUCAUCAGCUACAACACAGCAAUGAGCAGCUGCGAGAAGAGCAGCUGCUGGGAAAUUGUACUCUCUCUGCUUCAAUCCCUGAAGUCAGUUGACGCACCCAAUGAGAUCAGCUGUGCUGCAGCACUGACAGCUUGUGGGAAAGGCCAGAAAUGGCAGCUGGCCCUGCAGAUUUUCCAUUCCAUUGCCAGUCCUGACAGCAUAUGCUACAACGCUGCCAUCAGCGCGUGUGGAACUGAUGGCCAUUUCUGGUGGAUGACCCUGGACUUGCUCGAUAGCAUGAAACAGCGUCGAGUCCUCCCAACUGAAGUGACCUAUACAGCUGUGAUCAGUGGCCAGACUCAGUGGGACAUGGCACUUUCUCUUCUGGACGAAAUGCAACAAUCAGAGGCGAUACCCAACGAUAUCACCUACAGCUGCAUCAUCAAUGUUUGCGCCAAGGCCAUGGGGAAAGGUUCGAAUGACAGAUGA